UCUCACUCCUCGCUCGGUUCAACAUGGACUUGGUGAAUUUUCUGCUUUUUCUAGCAGUUACCGCCUUCACGGUGAAAGUUUCUCUUCAAGGGAAACACCAGCGCAGACUGUACAGAGACCUGAUGACUGAUUACAACCCGCUGGAGAGACCAGUCGUGAAUGACUCUCAGACUCUCACUGUUCGCUUUGGCUUAACCCUCAUACAGAUCAUGGAUGUGGAUGAGAAGAACCAGGUUUUAACAACCAACAUUUGGCUACAACUGUUAUGGAAUGAUUAUUAUCUCCAGUGGAAUACAUCUGAGUAUCCAGGUGUGACCAAUGUGAGAUUUCCUGACCAUCUCAUUUGGAAGCCAGACAUUCUGCUGUAUAACAGUGCAGAUGAAAGAUUUGAUGCUACUUUCCACACCAACAUUUUGGUCAACUCCUCAGGCUACUGUGUCUACUUACCUCCAGGGAUCUUCAAGAGCACCUGCCACAUCGAUGUGCGCUGGUUCCCCUUUGAUGUCCAGAGAUGUGACCUCAAGUUUGGUUCCUGGACAUACGGGGGCUGGUCUCUGGAUUUAAAGAUGCUGGAGGCAGAUAUCACCGGCUACAUCGCCAAUGGAGAGUGGGAUCUUGUCGAGGUUCCAGGACGGAAGAAAGAGCAUUUCUACGACUGCUGCGAGGAACCGUACCCUGACGUCACUUUCACUGUGGUUAUGCGGAGACGGACCCUCUACUAUGGCCUCAAUCUGCUCAUCCCAUGUGUCCUGAUCUCCACUCUGGCCCUGCUUGUCUUCCUUUUGCCUGCUGACUCUGGGGAGAAGAUCUCACUGGGCAUCACAGUCCUGCUCUCCCUGACUGUCUUUAUGCUGCUAGUUGCAGAGAUUAUGCCCGCCACAUCAGACUCGGUGCCUUUAAUAGCUGAGUACUUUGCCACUACCAUGGUCAUUGUUGGUCUCUCAGUAAUUGCUACAGUUCUGGUCUUACAGUAUCACCACCAUGACCCUGAUGGAGGCAAGAUGCCGAAGUGGACCCGUGUGAUCCUGCUGAACUGGUGCGCCUGGUUUCUGCGCAUGAAGCGCCCAGGUGAGGCGCGAGUGCGUUCAGCCUGUCACAACAAGGCUCCACGGAGCAGCCUGACCAGCAUGGAACUCAAUGCUAGCGCCUCAGCCUCCCAAUCCACCAACGGCAACAUGCUUUAUGUUGGCAUCCGUGGCCUGGAGAGCCUCCACUACUCCACAGCUGCCACCUCACCUGACUCUGGGGUCCUCUGUGGACGCCUGAUCGGACGAGCAGGUGAGGAUGAGAUGCUCCUCCCCACAGGUCACAGCUCCUCAGUAGGCAGUGUAGAACCAGAGCUGGCCAAGAUCCUGGAGGAGGUGCGAUAUAUUGCCAAACGUUUCCGUGACCAAGAUGAGGAUGAGUUAGUGUGCAACGAGUGGAAGUUUGCUGCGUCUGUUAUCGACAGGCUUUGUCUCAUGGCUUUCUCUCUCUUCACUGUCCUCUGCACCAUUGGGAUCCUUAUGUCAGCACCCAACUUUGUAGAGGCCAUUUCCAAAGACUUUUUCACUUGAGGACUGUAUGAGGAAAUAAAUGCUUCAACAAAAA